GAGAGGUCCCUUACUGCACUCGGACAUAACGGCGCUGGCCCUGCCCCUUCUCGAGAACUCGCUGAGAGCUGGGCUGGUAAAAUUGCAGUGCUGAGGACACUGGACCCGGUCUGCUACAAUGCUGCUGCUGCACAGAGCUGUGGUCCUCAGGCUCCAACAGGCCUGCAGACUCAAGUCAAUCCCCUCAAGGAUCUGCAUUCAGGCCUGCUCCACAAAUGAUUCAUUUCAGCCCCAGCGCCCCAGCCUCACCUUCUCUGGUGAUAACUCCAGCACCCAGGGAUGGAGAGUCAUGGGGACCCUAUUAGGUCUCGGGGCAGUGUUGGCCUAUCAGGACCAUCGGUGUAGGGCUGCUCAGGAGUCAACACACAUAUACACUAAGGAGGAAGUGAGUUCCCACACCAGCCCUGAGACUGGGAUCUGGGUGACGCUGGGCUCUGAGGUCUUUGAUGUCACAGAAUUUGUGGACCUACAUCCAGGGGGGCCUUCAAAGCUGAUGCUAGCAGCUGGGGGUCCCCUAGAGCCCUUCUGGGCCCUCUAUGGUGUUCACAACCAGUCCCAUGUGCGUGAGUUACUGGCUCAGUACAAGAUUGGGGAGCUGAACCCUGAAGACAAGGUAGCCCCCACCGUGGAGACCUCUGACCCUUAUGCUGAUGAUCCUGUACGUCACCCAGCCCUGAAGGUCAACAGCCAGCGGCCUUUUAAUGCAGAGCCCCCCCCUGAGCUGCUGACAGAAAACUACAUCACACCCAACCCUAUCUUCUUCACCCGGAACCAUCUGCCUGUACCUAACCUGGAUCCAGACACCUAUCGCUUACACGUAGUAGGAGCACCUGGGGGUCAGUCACUGUCUCUUUCCCUGGAUGACUUGCGCAACUUUCCCAGGUACGAGAUCACAGUCACUCUGCAGUGUGCCGGCAACCGGCGCUCUGAGAUGACUCAGGUUAAAGAAGUAAAAGGUCUGGAGUGGAGAACAGGAGCCAUCAGCACUGCACGCUGGGCUGGGGCACGGCUCUGUGAUGUGUUAGCCCAGGCUGGCUACCAACUCUGUGAAACUGAGGCCCACGUCUGCUUUGAGGGACUGGACUCAGACCCUACUGGGGCUGCCUAUGGAGCAUCCAUCCCUCUGGCUCGGGCCAUGGACCCUGAAGCUGAGGUCCUGCUGGCAUAUGAGAUGAAUGGGCAGCCUCUGCCACGUGACCACGGCUUCCCUGUGCGUGUGGUGGUUCCUGGAGUGGUGGGUGCCCGCCAUGUCAAAUGGCUGGGCAGAGUGAGUGUGCAGCCAGAGGAAAGUUACAGCCACUGGCAACGGCGGGAUUACAAAGGCUUCUCUCCAUCUGUGGACUGGGACACUGUAGAUUUUGACUCUGCUCCAUCCAUUCAGGAACUUCCUGUCCAGUCGGCCAUCACAGAGCCCCGGGAUGGAGAGACUGUAGAAUCAGGGGAGGUGACCAUCAAGGGCUAUGCAUGGAGUGGUGGUGGCAGGGCUGUGAUCCGGGUGGAUGUGUCUCUGGAUGGGGGCCUAACCUGGCAGGUGGCUAAGCUGGAUGGAGAGGAACAGCGCCCCAGGAAGGCCUGGGCAUGGCGUCUGUGGCAGUUGAAAGCCCCUGUGCCAGCUGGACAAAAGGAACUGAACAUUGUUUGUAAGGCUGUGGAUGAUGGUUACAAUGUGCAGCCAGACACUGUGGCCCCAAUCUGGAACCUGCGAGGUGUUCUCAGCAAUGCCUGGCAUCGUGUCCAUGUCUAUGUCUCCCCAUGAGCAUGGAAAGGAGCCACCUCCACCCCUUUCCCCACCCAUUAGCCUCACUCCUUCAGAAAAAUCUUUCCCACCUCUCAACUUCUUGGAUCACAACUCUGGCCUUCCUAAGCCAUACCCAAGUACACAUAUAGCACAUUUCACCCAAGGACCCUCCCUCCUUGGACACUAUGUUACAUACCCCUCUUGGCCUUUGAACCUGUGCCAGGAAGUGUGAGCUGUUACAGCAAGGGGCUAGAAGUGAGAGAAGUAAUUCUGGAGUCAAGCACUAUUUUCUCUUCCUACCCCACCUCCAUUUCUAAUGCCUACUGCCAUCAAGGCUUUGUUUUGCUUUUCUUUUUGGAUUCUUCAGAGAAAUGUGUGUGGCAUGUGUAAGAAAAGUGUAUAUACUAUUUUAUACUACCUCUCCAGGUUGCCAGAGAGUUGUGAGGACAGCAAGGGGCACAACCGUCUCCCUUUAUAGUUCUACUUUUCUAAUAAAUAGUCUGUUUAAGAUCAUAACUCUUGGGCCUGGGGAGUGAGCCUAUUGCAGGAGGGAGGAUACAUUUGUACUGGGAUGUAUAAUGAGAUUAGUCCAAAACAAACAAAACUGGGGAGAAGACAGAGAGGAAGUAGGCUUGUAGGUUAAGAAGUAGGGCUUCCGGCUGAGCACAGUGGCUCACGCCUGUAAUCCCAGCACUUUGGGAGGCCAAGGCAGGUGGAUCACUUGAGCUCAGGAGUUCAAGACCAGCCUGGCCAACAUGGCAAAACCCCAUCUCUACCAAAAAUACAAAAAUUAGCCGGGUGUGGUGGCGGGUGCCUGUAAUCCCAGCUACUUGGGAGGCUGAGGCAGGAGAAUUGCUUGAACCAAGGAGGCGGACGUUGCAGUGAGCCGAGAUCACACCCACUACACCCCAGCCUGGGCGACAGAGCGAGAUUCUGUCUCAAAAAAAAAGGGGGCUUCCUUCUCUGAGGUCUGGCAGUAUCUGCAGGGACACCUAGGUGAUUGACCUCAGGAUACCAUGAAGAUAGCAGAGGUGACAAAAACAUGUACCCUCCAACUCCUCUCCCCAACAAUUCCAAUGCACUUGGCAGGAAAGGCAAAGGGUGCUAGGAGUUUAAAAUCAAUAUUGUCUUAGGAGGUUGUGAAAGCAAAAUAAAUCUUGGGGCCCCAGAAUCACUAAGCUAAAGGGAAAAGUCAAGCUGGGAACUGAUUAGAGUAAAGCUGCCUCCCAUUCAAAGUCAUCCCUCUGCUCACUGAGAUAAAUGCAUAUCUGAUUGCCUUCUUUGAGAGGAAUACAACGAUUUGCUCUUUUUUUUUUUUUUUUUUUUUUUUUUUUUUGUAGAGACAGAGUCUCACUCUGUCACCCAGGCUGGAGUGCAGGAGUGCGGUGGCACGAUCUCUGCUCUCUGCAACCUCCGCCUCCGGAAUUCAAGCAAUUCUGUCUCAGCCUCCCAGGUAGCUGGGACUACAGGCGCACACCGCCACGCCCGGCUAAUUUCUUUUGUAUUUUAGUAGAGAUGGGUUUCACCACGUUGCCCAGGCUGGUCUCAAACUCCUGAGCUCAGGCAAUCCGUCUGCCUCGGCCUCCCAAAGUGCUAGGAUUACAGGUGUGAGCCACCGCGCCCGGCUUUUUUUCUUUUUUUUUUUUUUGAGGCUAAGUCUCACUCUGUUGCUCAGGCUGGACUGCAGUGGCGCGAUCUCGGCUCACUGCAACCUCCGCCUCCCGGGUUCAAGCGAUUCUCCUGCCUCAGCCUCCUAAGUAGCUGGGACUACAGGCGCGCGCCACCAUACCCCGGCUAAUUUUUUAUUUUUAGUAGAGACGGGUUUUCACCAUGUUGGUCAGGCUGGUCCUGAGCUCCUGACCUCAGGUGAUCCGCACGCCUCGGCCUCCCAAAGUGCUGGGAUUACAGGCGUGAGCCACUGCGCCCGGCCCCAUUUACCUCUUAUCUACCUAUGACCUGGAAGCCUCCUCCCAGCUUUGAGUUGUCCCGUCUUUACAUAUAUUGAUUGAUGUCUCUUGUCUCCCUAAAAUGUAUAACACCAAGUUGUGCUCCAUGUCGUCAGGACCUCCUAAGGCUGUGUUACGGGCGUGCGUCCUUAACUUUGGCAAAAUAAACUUCCUAAACUGA